GCUGGCUGUGUUGACUGUCGCUUGAUGUUUUCAAGAUUGUGCUAUUUAACAGUGCCGACAGCUUCAUAAGGACGCUUUAUCCCUUCUAAAACUACCACGGGUGUUUGUAAAGACCACCCCUCAUCGUACGGAGUGGUUUGGAGGCUUCAUUUUGCUAUCAGAAUGCAAAUCAAGGAAUGUAUAGUGUCUGCACCAGGGAAAGCUAUCCUCCACGGAGAACACGCUGUCGUGCAUGGCAAGGUGGCUCUGGCUGUAAGUUUGAACCUGCGCACAUACCUACGGUUGCAGGCCACAUCCACUAGUAAAGUCUGCAUCAAUCUCCCCAACAUCAACACUUUCCUCAGCUGGGAUGUGGCCGUGUUGAAGCAGCUCCUCCCUGACUCUGGAGCUGAGCUGGGGAAUGUGAAUGAGCUUGAUGCAGAGCUUGUCAGGAUGCUGCGAAAAUUUGUUGGUGUAUCAAAUGGAACCUUGGAUACUCGCAGCAUGGCCAUCCUAGCCUUCCUCUACAUCUACCUUUGUGUCUUUGCCAAGUCAAGGGAGUUGCCCAGUCUGACGGUGUCUGUGUGGUCAGAGUUGCCAACUGGAGCGGGUCUGGGGUCCAGCGCUGCCUACUCUGUGUGCCUGGCUGCAGCCAUGCUUUCUGCCAGUGGGACCAUCCCUUCUCCACUGAGUGACCAGGAAAACACAGCCAGGUGGGGUGAGGUGGAGAUGGAGCUAAUUAACAGGUGGGCGUUUCAGGGAGAGAGGAUCAUCCAUGGGAACCCCUCAGGCGUAGACAAUGCUGUGGGGACAUGGGGUGGCAUAUUGAGAUACCGUUCUGGGAAGAUAACAGCCUUAAGCAGGGUCCCAAUGUUAAGGAUCCUACUCACGAACACCAAGGUCCCUCGCAGCACCAAGGUACUUGUUGCUGGAGUGAAGGACAAAAUGAACAAGUUUCCCUCUAUUAUAAACCCUGUACUGGAGUCUGUGGAUGCAGUCUCCUGCACCUGUGAGCAGACCUUAACAGAGAUGGCCAGCGACACCCCCACACCAGAGCACUACAAUGUCCUGGAGGAGCUUAUUGACAUCAACCAGCACCACCUGAAUGUGAUUGGUGUCGGACACACGACCCUGGACACCCUGUGCCAGGUCACCCUGGCCAGAGGUCUACACAGCAAGCUGACUGGUGCCGGAGGAGGGGGCUGUGGCAUUACCUUGCUUAGACCAGAAACGGAGUGCUCGGUGAUCCAGAACACGAUCCAGGACUUGAGAGACUGUGGCUAUGACUGCUGGGAGACCCGUAUCGGUGCAGCAGGUGUGCAGCAGCACUCUCCCCUCGCUGUGAAAGAGCAGGUCCUGGAGGUUUUGGCGCGCUACUGAUACUCACUGGCCAUGGGUGUGCCCAAUGCCCUCCCUACAGGGUAGCGGGGAGCUUAGCUCCAUGACUCUGGCCUACCAAGUCUUCUAUUGUAAACCUUUCUGGGAUAUGUGGGACGGUAGCGUCCCACCUCGCCAACAUCCAGUGAAAGUGCAGGGCGCCAAAUUCAAACCAACAAAAAUCUCAUAAUUAAAAUU